GAAAAUACAUCGAAUUCGUUUUUCGUCCGCAAACACCAAUGGAGGAGGCGUACGGUGGUUGCGUACAAGGUGAAACUGGACGUGCCCAUCACGGAUGUUACGGUUACACGUCGUAGUUUAUGCAUGAAUAUGCAAUAUCAAAACAGCAGACGUAGGGCGGCGUGCGAUAAACGCAUAAAAAUAUUCGAGUAUAAUCGCAAUUAAAUGUGCAAUAAUAAUGCGAACGACGUGCAGCGCGAACGAAACGCGUCGGUGCUCGUGCACGCGAGCGGUAACGAAGCUUUACUGACCGAUGAUUUCAACAAUAAAUCGACCGGCACAAACUGUGCUUAAAAGGCGUUGUCAAUGUAAUAGACGGUCGGAUCGGAGCCAACAAUAAAAUAUCGCCAAAGUGGGUUGCCUCUUCCGCAUUCGUCCUAACCGUGAUCUCUGCGAACGGUUGAUACGUCGACGAUCGUACGCGGCGCGUUUAAGCAUCGAUGCGGAUGCGAAUUAGGAGAGAAUGCACUUUAAUAUUACCGACAGUUUCGUCAGCUGAUCGUCGCUUAAAAACAACAUGUGAAGGAUGCACCGCGAGACGAAGCUUUGAAUCGAACCAUCCCCGCGGUACUGGUCGCUACAGUCCAAUUUAUAUUUUAUAAAACCUUUCGAUCCUGUGAGAGCGGAGGCACGGGGACGAGCCUCGCGAAAGGGAAAUGGGAAAUAAAAGUAGCUGCUGCGUUUAUUCCAGUCCUCAGGUUGGACGCAAGGAAUUAGGAUGUUACACCGCCGAAAGUGUAACACGCGGUCUCGAAGAACACCUUCCCGAAGGAGGUAUCAGUGUAAAUAAUUUACAACACAUAAGCGAACGCGAACCAGAAGACUGGGACUCUGAUCCAUCGUUGCACCCCUGUGCUGGUACAAUUUUUAUGGAAAGGUCGAAACAAGCCAUCGAAAUCUUAAUAUCGUCGCGGUGUCAUUGUCUUGUUCGUAUUUUAGACGGCAUGGUCAGGAAAAAGAGUCAGCACCAAAUCGCAGAUAUAAGGCCUUUGAAAAAGAGUAGCAGUUGCAGUACGAUAUAUUUGGACGACAGCACUGUUUCCCAACCAAAUUUAAAAAACACUGUGAAAUGCGUUGCCUUAGCUAUUUAUUAUCACAUUAAAAAUAGAACUUCACAUCGACAGAUUGAUAUAUUUGACGAAAAACUCCAUCCGUUGACGAGAGAAGGAGUUACAGACGAUUACGAUAAGCAGAAUCCGGAACACAAACAGAUUUAUAAAUUUGUGAGGACAUUAUUCAACGCUGCUCAACUUACAGCUGAAUGUGCCAUUAUAACGUUAGUCUACUUGGAACGUCUGCUAACUUACGCGGAGAUAGAUAUAACGCCAGCAAAUUGGAAACGUAUAGUACUCGGAGCUAUUUUAUUAGCGUCGAAGGUAUGGGACGACCAGGCAGUGUGGAACGUGGAUUAUUGUCAAAUACUUAAGGAUAUUACGGUAGAGGAUAUGAACGAGUUGGAGAGGCAGUUUUUGGAGAUGCUACAGUUCAAUAUAAACGUUCCUUCAAGCGUGUACGCUAAAUAUUAUUUCGAUCUCCGCACGCUCGCAGAAGCAAACGAAUUGACAUUCCCCAGCGAGCCGCUGAGCAAGGAGAAAGCUCAGAAGUUGGAAGCCAUGUCCAGGGUGUACGAGGAUAAAGUCACCGCCGAGGCUUUACGUACUGGUAUUAAGAGAUGGUCGAGUUUAGAUAACGUAUGCAUAGGCGGACCUAGACGUAGUAUUGCCAUUCUAUCCUAAAUUUCGGAUGUUAAGUGAGUACAGUACGUACACGAGUUGUCCAUACCUUCUCGGUCGAGGUACGUGAGGAAACAAACAAGUUUUGAAGAACUACUUUAGCAUAGUAUUAAACAAUUUUAAAUUUUCAUGAGCAUAUCAUUUCUAUCGGUCGGUCGUUUCUACGUUGUUUCACUUAAGCGUUUCGACGAUGAGACGCAAGUUCUAUCGGCUUGUUUGUGCAAUUCUGGUAUGUCGUUCUCUCCAAUAGUUUCGAUUUGUAUAAUAAUAGGGUACGGUCAAUUAUCUCGAUUACCUUAAACGAUAUGGGAAACUAAUUUGUCUUCAUUUCAUUUUAUCCAAAUAAUCGACAGUUACUAAGAGAGUUCGUUUUUUAAUCAGGGACCUCUUAAUACAGUAAAAUAAAAUAGUGAAAUGUUACAUAAGCAAAGGUAACGAUAAAUUUUUUACUAUACUGUCAGUGCUUCUUUGAUUAAAAAGAACAAAUUGUGAUAUAUAUUAU